AUGUUCCUUCUCUGCAAUGGCCUGCUUGUUUUUCUAGCAAAAUUCUCAGGAUCUAUCAGUUCAUCGAAGUACAAUAAUAAUCUCAGUGUUCUUGAUUAUGAUGAUGAAGAUGAAGAUAUUCCCCAUACAGUUGAGUCACUUGUCUUGGACCAGCCCAAAACACCACUGUCGCAGAAAGAUGAAGCAAUAGAAAACAGUGCUUUAAUGGAAGAAACAGCAGCAGCAGCAGCAGAAGCUGAAAUCGAAACUCAAAACUGCAGCCUGCUAGAGGAAGAAGAUGAAGGUGAAAAAUGGGGUUUGGAUCCUUUGAUGAAAAAUGGUGUUUUUGUUGGAGAAAGCACUGAAAGUACAGAUGAGCUCAACAAAAGGUUUGAUGAAUUUAUUAGAAAGAUGAAGGAAGAAUUGAGGGUCGAAGCUAAACAGCAGUUAGUCAUGGUUUAA